AUGGAUUUGCAGCAGUUUUCGCCGGGUCUCUUGUCGUACCCGGAACCGCCCGAGUUCGACUAUUCGUCGUUCCUCCAGGGCGAGGACAUUCCCUUUCAUGACCCGUCGCACGGUGGCCAUUCCGGCGGGCACUUGUCCGAGUCGUCGGGCAAGCUGACGCCGCCCAGCUCCGGCUCCGACAACAGAAGCACGGCGAGCGGUGCCACGGACGCUGUCGCACGUCGGCAGCCGACGCAGAAGCAGAGACUGGAGAGGCGAGGCCACACCAAGAGCCGCCGCGGGUGCUACAACUGCAAGAGGCGGCGCAUCAAGUGUCAAGAGACUCGUCCGGCCUGCGGUCACUGCGUCAAGACCGGGCUCAAGUGCGAAUACCCCUCCAUGCCCCAAAUCACACAUCAGCCUCACAAUCAAAUUCCCCUCUUCAGCUUGCAAGACAUGCGCUUCUUCCAACACUUCCUAACGCAGUGCUACCCCCACCACCCACUAAAGCAGGAGGAGAUCUGGACGCACGAGAUCCCCUGCAUAGCCCACAACCAUGAAUUUUUGAUGCAUGCGAUUCUAGGAUUUGCAGCGUCGUCACUCACAUCCACGGAUAGCAGCCUCGUGACGGCGGCGAUGAACCACCGAAUCAAGGCCAUCAAAGCUAUCAAGAAGCGUCUCACCGAGUCUUCGAGGACCGACACGACGUACGAGGAAGCCAACGCGCUCGUGGCGACGUGCUUCGCCCUGACAUUCCAGUCUGUGAGCCUGGAUGACGGGCUGGCGGAGUACAUGACGUUCAUCCGCGGUAUCCUGAUCGUGGGCAUGCAAAUGAUGUUCAAGGGCAUAAAACCCGUAUUCACGACGCUGUUCGACGACAAGCAAAACGAGCUGAUGGCGCCGCUGAUGCAGGACAUGCCGCUGAUCGAGAGGGGAUGGGUGGACGGCGCGGUGGAAGCCAUUUCGAAUCUGCGGCCGCUCUGUCUCGACCCCAUUGAGGUGGAGUACUAUGAGCAGUUGAUUGGGAUUGCGGAGAAGUUGUAUACAAACUCGUUUGACGCGUACAAGGCCAACUCGAGAGAAUAUGCGUGGUGGAUGAUGCUGCCGCAUGGUUCGUUCCAGGAGCUCAUCAACUUCAACCGGCAGACGAUUGUGUUGCUGCACACGCACUGGAUCGCACUGGCGCAGAUCAUGGCGUUCAUCACAGAGCGGGAGUAUGACCUGCGAGAGAAGAAGCCUAUCAAGCAGGACAACGAUAUGGAUCCAGGGUUCGUGAGAUGGCUCAAGUACCUCAACGCGCGGGUCGACUUCGAGCACCAGCUGUAUAACCAGUGGCCGAUGUGGGUCGAUGAGCAGCUGGACCGGGAUAUGACGUUCUUCGGAAAGAGGUUGUGA